CAACAAAGUCGAAUUUCGAAUCGAAACUGGAAAUUUUUCCUUUUCCUCGCUCAAGCUCAACUCGUUUUGGGUGCCGGUUCAGCCGGUUGCUGCAACGAAAAUUAGAAAGUUAUAAGCUCAUGAUUGGUGGAGAAGUUAUAUGGGAAGUGGGGUAAUAGCCAAUCCUGACUGGAGUUUAUUUGGUGGGCACCGUUGGCAGCAGUGUUUUUUGAAGGCACGUCACGUCACCCAGCUGCAACUUUUUUAAUACAUAAACAUACAAUAGCAAUACUUUUUGGAAAUUUUGAAAAAAACAAACUUAUUAUGGUGUCUGAUGAACCCGAAAAGGCAGAGCAGCCGACUGAAGAAGUCGAGCUGCAGGAUGAAAACCAGCCAAUCAAGAUCUGCACGCUAGAGAUUUUGCGAAUAAUCAAAGACGCUCAGCAACAACAUGGAUUGCGCCAUGGAGACUACCAGCGUUAUCGUGGCUACUGCACUCGUAAAAUCAAACGUUUGAGGAAAGCUCUGCACAUUCCUCAAGGAGACCGGAGACAUUUUCGGAAGAAGGAUGUGACGGAGGAAAUGGUCACCGAAGAAAAGUGGUUGUACAUUCCUCUGAUGCUGGCUGAAAGAGCUUGGAGUUUUGCCAUGCAGCUACGCCAAGAGUCCAACACUGAGCCUCGCAAAAAGUUCCACCUGAUUGGUCGCCUUCGUAAGGCUUCUACUUAUGCCUUGCAGCUUGAAACUCUCUGCCAGGGGGAUAAAUGUGAUGCUCGAACUAAAUUAGAGGCUCAGGCCUAUGUUGCUUGGAUUCAUGGCUCCCUGCACUUUGAGUUGCACAUGUGGAAACCAGCAAUGGAGAACCUUAAGAAGGCCCAGAUGGUUUACGAAAAGCUGGCAGCUGCUUUGCCAGAGGAUGAGCAGAUUAUUUACAAGCAGAGAGUCGAGGAGCUCUCCCCCAGUUUACGCUACUGUGCUUACAAUGUUGGUGAUGAAUCCGCCAUAAACGACCUUUUGAAGAUGCGUGGAACUGGUCUGGGUGAUUUGUUGGCUGAUGUGGAUACUUUGAUUGCUCAGACUAGAGACAAGAGGUCUCAGGAAUUGUCAGAGGUGCAGUGGCGUGGCCGAUCGGUGCCUGUGAAGCCAGACAAGGUACGUCCGUUCCUCGCAGCUGACCAGGAACUAAAGGAAAGUCUCGAAAGAGCUGCCGACAACCAGGCAAAGAUAACUUUAAUUGAGAAUCUGCUUAUGGACUGUAAGGAUGCCAUCGCUGCUGUCAAGGACGAGCUGAAGAAUGAUCCGAAUUACAAAAUUCGCUGCCAGGCCCAAAGUGGCCCAGUAUCAUCCCAGCACUACCUUCUCUCUUACCUCGUUUAUAUUCGUUUGACAAGAAACAUGGAAAGGAACUUGCUGAUGGUCGAGAGCACCAAACAGAAUAUGGAUCCUGAGAAUGUGGAAGGAAAGAAAUCCAAGCCCCAAGAUUUAAUUCGGCUGUAUGAAAUUAUCCUCCAGAAUGUGACUGAGCUUCAGUCAUUGGCUGGAUUUGAAGAGGACCAGAAGUUCCAGAAGGAGAUUGAUUCCCAGAUCAAAGGAUACCGAGCAUUCAGAUGCUAUUACAUGGCCCAAACUCUUGUCGGCUUGAAACGCUGGAAGGAAGCCAUUGCACUUCUCCACAGAGCUGAAGAGUAUCUCGGCCAGUCUCUGAAGCUGCAGCCACCCGACACUCUGGCUGCUCAGCUGAAGCAGCUCAAAACCAACAUUGAGGGCCAGAAGUUUUCUGUACAUGCUAACAGCGUUCUCAGUGAAGACGAACAAGCUGAAACGUCCACAAAAACUUACAUCAAACAGAAAAAGCCAUUGGCUGAGCGUCUUAAUGAUUAUUGUGAGGACCCAGCCCUGACGACAAAGCAACCAAACGUUUUCAAGCUGCCUCCUGAAUUUGAGCCAAUUCCUUGCAAACCCCUUUUCUUUGAUUUGGCUUUCAAUCACGUAGAAUUUCCCUCCCUGGAAGACAAGCUGGAGCAGAAGCAGCAACAAGGAGCAGGAAUUUCUGGCUUUGUUAAAGGGUUAUGGGGUUGGGGAAGUGGUGCCAAUAAGUAAUUUAAUAUCUUUAAAAAAUGCUUUAUGGCUUAACUGUUAUUAAAAAAAAAUCUAAAAUAUUUGCUUG